CUACGACGGACUGUAGCGCGCGGGCGAAUCCGAUGGGCACAGGAGGACUAAGCGGGGUGACAUUUUCGUGUGUUGGUGCGCGACGACGGACUGUCCUCAUCGGAGAGAGACAGAGAGAGACACACAGAGACACACACAGAGAGAGAGAGAGAGAGAGAGAGAGAGAGAGAGAGAGAGAGAGAGAGAGAGAGAGAGAGAGAGAGAGAGAGAGAGCUAUGAAUGUCACGUUCCAGAACUUCGUCAACAAGACACGGUUAAUGCAGGGGAUGAUCAACUUUUGUGUCAUCGUUUAUAUGGAUGACAUCCUGGUCUAUUCGGAGACCUAUCAUGGACAUGCGCAACACAUCGAGUGGACGUUGGGAACUCUGAGAAAUGCCGGUGAGCAUCGCGCCGGAAGAGAGAGCAUUGAGCUGCUGAUCAUCCAGGCGCGGAGAACGGAAGUGGAGGGAGAUCUCCUUGGGUUCGUCUUCGGAUCAGUGCAGUCGAGCCAUCGACAAUUGAUCGUGUGGGAGCUCACGGUUCCAUUUGUGCAACUAGUCGACUAUCUCCCCCUCGAUAUCAUCUCAAAGUGUGACGAGAGCCCGGUGUCGCACGUCCUCCAACGGAGAUUGACACCCUCCCUGCACUGGUCGACCUGCCUGGAGGGGCCGGGACAGGACGGCAGUUUGCCAUCGCGAUCGGAGUACCUGAACCCCCGAGGGGUCAGCGACACCCUUUUCUUCCAGCCCCAAACAGCGGAGGAGGCGGAAAUGGUGGCAGAGGAAUCAGAGGUGGAAGACGAAAGCGAAGAGGAAACCCCGAAAGAAGCAGGCAGCUACAGCGAAUACAGCGAGGAAGAGUCGGGUGAAGACGAAGAAGAAGAGGAAGAGGAUCAACCGGAGGAGGAGGAGGAGGAGUCUGAGUGGAAGACUUUUGGUACAAAGGCAGAUCGCGCAGAGACACGGGAGGAGGAUCCCGAGGCGGCACGAAAGAGAGAGGAGAUCGCGGUCGGGAAGCAGCCGCUCGAGUUCGCGAGUGGUGCGGAUCGGCCGAUCCCGGACGAUCCAACUAAGGAUCCGGAGCUGCCCAAGAACGACGAUGGGGACCCUCCUGAUGAGACUUCGAGCGCACUGGCGCGCACACGAUGGAGCAGAUCCUGAUCCCCAUCCCCCCGUCCCCUAGUUCAAGCACGUA